GUGCGAAAUGUUGAAUUUGGCCAAUAUUUUUGAAUAUAUUUAUUGGUCCCAUGAUGCUCUGAUCUAAAAUGGCUGCCGCCUUCGACUGACGCCGAAGAUUACGGAAUAUUUUAGACAAAUUUGACAUUAUCCAGUCCAUCUACGCGCCCUGCUCCGCUAGGAAAUGGCGUACCGUCUGCUAUCAUCCUGUCAGACGCCUUACUUGCGCCAGUUUGGCCGAAACUGCCUGAGAAACGCGAGACGAACCGAGCCCGGAUUGCGUCAGGCAAGUUCAACCACUCGUUACAUAAACAGGAAUGCGCGGUCGUUCAACUUUUCGGACUUGCAAAACAGUCUUGUUCCGUGUCUGGACUGUGCAACUAACAGGCUGGGACAGAGGACCACGGCAAGACUUGGCAGAUAUGUACAGAGAACAGUUCGGCAAGCCCAGGCAGAGUACAGAGGCAUCUGUCGUUUACUCACCAGAUCUGGAAUGGAGGUUUCACAAAGUGUGGUCAGCAGACUGUUUGGCAUAGGUUUACUACAGUUCCUGAGGACAACUCCUCGCCUCCAACAACAACAACCAGGUGACAAGCCACGAGGGCAGCAAGGAGACGAUGAUGGCCAACCGCAGAACGAUGACACCAUGAACAGACUGAGGCUGGUGGUCCUGGUGUUCUUCCUGCUCUCCCUGUUCUUCAUGCAGGGUCAGAAUGACGGGGGGAGGAUGGUGUCGUGGCACGAGUUUGUACAUGACAUGCUGGCUAAGGGAGAGGUGAGUAGUGUUGAUGUAGAAGACUCCGACGUGGUCCGUAUCCACCUGCAGCCUGGAGCACAGGUGUUUGGACGCAAGCACUACACAAGUACGGUGUACUCCAUGCGGGUGGGGAACACAGAGACAUUCGAGGAGAAACUCAGGCGUGCCGAGGAUGACCUUGGCAUCAGCCCUCAGGACUACGUCAAGGUCACGUUCAGCCAUAUUGGUGCAGGGACCAGGUUGAUGUCCACCCUGUUGAUAACAGGUGCUCUCCUGGGCAGUCUGAUGUUAGUGAUGAUGUUUGUUUGUUUAUUUGUUUGUUUAUUUUAUGUCCACAGGUUGAUGUCCACCCUGUUGAUAACAGGUGCUCUCCUGGGCAGUCUGAUGUUGGUGAUGAUGUUGAUGUCUACCCUACUGAUAACAGGGGCUCUCCUGGGCAGUCUGAUGUUGGUGAUGAUGUUUGUAGCCAGGAGUGCCAUGAACCAGGGAGGUUUGGGGGGAUUCGCCCAGAUGACCCAAGCAAAGUUUACACAGUUCGGGGCGGGAGGGAAAGUUCCCAACGUGAAGUUCUCUGACGUGGCGGGUCUGAAGGAGGCUAAACAGGAGGUCAUGGAGUUUGUGGACUAUCUCAAGGCCCCCAAGAGGUACCUUGACCUGGGAGCGAAGUUUCCUAAAGGCGCCCUCCUGCUGGGCCCCCCGGGGUGUGGGAAGACUCUCCUGGCCAAGGCCGUGGCUACGGAGGCACAGGUGCCCUUCCUGGCCAUGGCUGGGUCCGAGUUUGUAGAGAUGAUCGGGGGUCUGGGUGCUGCUAGGGUUCGUUCACUGUUCAAAGAAGCCAGGAAGAAGCACCCCUGUAUCAUCUACAUCGAUGAGAUAGAUGCUAUCGGCAGGAAGAGAAGUCAGGGGAACUUUGAUGGAAGAAGUGGGGAAGAGGAACAAACAUUGAACCAGCUCCUAGUGGAAAUGGAUGGUAUGGGAACUGAACAAGGUGUGAUCGUUCUGGCCUCCACCAACAGGGCAGAUGUGUUGGAUGAUGCGUUGCUGAGACCCGGCCGUCUGGACCGCCACAUCCUGAUCGACCUGCCGACCCUGGCGGAGCGUAAGGAGAUAUUUGAGCACCAUCUGAAGGCCCUGACUCUGAAGAGGUCCACCUCAACCUUCUCCAGACGACUGGCAGAGCUCACCCCCGGCAUGAGUGGUGCUGAUGUAGCCAACAUUUGUAACGAGGCAGCUCUGCACGCCGCCAGGGAGAACCAGAAAGUCGUGGACACCCAGGACUUCGAACACGCAGUCGAGAGGGUUAUAGGAGGCACGGCUAAGAAGUCGAAGGAGGAGAGGAAGGUGGUGGCGUAUCACGAGUCAGGUCACGCCCUGGUUGGGUGGCUACUGGAGCACACGGACGCACUGCUCAAGGUGACCAUAGUCCCCAGGACCUCGGCAGCUCUGGGGUUUGCCCAGUACCUACCCAAGGAGCAGUACCUCUACUCUCAGGAGGAGCUGUUUGACAAGAUGUGCAUGGCCCUGGGAGGGAGGGCAGCUGAGGCCAUCAUCUUCAACAGGGUCACUACAGGAGCCUCGGAUGACCUGAAGAAGGUGACCAAGAUGGCGUACGCCCAGAUCAAACAGUUCGGGAUGAACCCCAACGUGGGUUACCUGUCCUUCCCUGAGGAGGAUAACAACGGGCUGGGCAAGAAACCCUUCAGCAAGCACCUGGCAGCUCUCAUGGACGAGGAGGCAAGACGACUGGUUGCUAGAGCAUACUACCAGGCACAGAAGAUACUGGUGGACAACAAGGACAAACUGGAUGUGCUUGCCGAGGCCCUGCUAGACAGAGAGGUGCUGAACUACAGCGAUGUUGUGGACCUGCUCGGCCCCCCUCCCCACGGCCCCAAGAAAACUGUGCAGGUGGCCGGCUGGGAUCUGGACGAUGAAGACGACGCCCCCUUGCAGGUCGGCGACAAACUGCAGCCUAAAUCUCCACAAUUGCCUGGGAAUGCCAAGCCUGCUGCAUGAUGGGAACAUUGCAAG